AUGGACGCCGUCGAAUCUCAGUCCUCCACCACGAGGCCGCCUCCCCUAAACCUAGCCGAGCCCAAACCCCUACGAAAAUACGCCUCAGCGACAAACAUCUCCCCGAAGCGCUUGCCCCGAGACGCCAAACUCAAAAGAUGCUCCCCUGGUGCGCCAGGCCGGAGGGACACGUCAGCACCCAACCUGAUGAUUAGGCCGACGACCAAGUCGACGACCAAGACGGCGACGCGCGCAGCCCUGACAGCGGCAAGACCUUUGGUCCCGGUCACAGAGCGGCGCUCCCACGAGGACAGGAACACUUCGUCGGCCAAAGGGGAUCCCGAGUCCGGCAGGUGGGAUAUCGCUCCCGACGGCACCUCGGCCGGUCGCGAGGGUCGCCAAUUCACCGUCGCCAACGUGGGGAACAAUGGCAGGAUUUAUCUGAGGCCGACGGUCCGACCUGCGCACCAGCGAUGCCCACAGCCCAACUUUGCCUUUCCCCUGACGCCGCCCAGCACCGGAGGAAUAGAAGCCUUCAGCCAGGAAAAGCCAAAAGGGCGCAAAGAGGGAAAAGAGCAGCAUGCUUCCCAACUGCAGACAAGCCAAUGGACGCCGACUCCAAGCACCUCUCUCCUGGCAGGCGACGACCAAUACUUUCCUGACGCUUGGAACUCGGGAGGUCGCACGAGACAGCGACGGGCCAUGUCGGACAGCACCAUGAACGACUCUGGCAUUGCCAACGAGCGUGACAAAGAUGCCUUCAGGGUUGUCAUCUCCAAGCCCGGCGAUGACAAGCGGCCUCGGACCAUGGAGGACCUAGACACCGCCCUCGCUCCGCUUCUCGACAUCAACAUACCCUCCUGGCGCAUCGGCACGCCGCGGUUCACCCUGAGGGGCACGCCUCAAUCGUCGAGGACCCCUAGCCUGCCCGCCUCCGAGCCCAGGGCAAGAAAACUCAAUCCUCUAGCGAUACACCCCCCCCCGGCCGGCCCCUCCGCGCGACGAGGCGCUCGCGGAUUACCCUCUCCGCGCCUGCUGCGAUCAACAUACAUGUCGACGCAUCUGGCCAUCGAACCGGCCAUGUUUACUGAUUUGACCUUCAAACCCGCCUGCGACGACAAAACCAUUGUUCGGUAUUCUCCUGUCGGAGCCGUGACCGCAGCGACUCCCCCACGCCUAGUCGCAGAGAUAACGUCGCCGAGCUUCCUCGACUACGAACUGAUAUCCGACUUUUUUCUCACGUUCCGAUCAUUCCUCGACUCCACCGACCUGCUUCGUAUGCUUGUCGCGCGGUUGCGAUGGGCGCUGAUGCGCAACGACGAAGUGGGAAUGAUUGUCCGGGUCCGGACCUUUGUGGCGGUGCGACAUUGGAUCUUGAACUACUUUUUGGACGACUUCGUCCUCGAGUACGACCUGCGAGUGACGUUUUGUGAAUUGCUCAACGAGUUCGUGGACGAACUCUCCCAGGACGCGUCGUGCCGCAAGGUUCGACUAAAGAUACUCGCCGAGCUCAAGAAGUGUUGGCGGCGAGUCUGCGCGGAACACUGGGAUGGUCCACAGUUCGACGACUCUCUGGGUCCAGAGGUCCCCAUCGCCCCUGGCGGCCUGGCUGGGAACAGAGACCCGGGCCUGGACCCCAGCCACUGGGAGCGCGAGGGCAUCGAGCCGCAGCUGGACGGCUGGGUUCCCAUGCCCAAGGUCCCGACGGAGUCGGCGAGCUUCUCCCCAGAUGCGCCCGGUGCCGCUCCAAUCGGAGACUUCAUCGUCUUGGGGAAUCGCCCGGGGACUCCUGAAAAUCCCGUCGGACAUCGAGCUGGCGUUGAGAGCGGCGGAGGCUCGCCGUUGAGCCUGGCUAGCCUGGACAUUGUUUCCUGCUCGUUUCCUGCCAAACUGAUCAGGGCUCCCAACCCAGACGCGGCGCUCUCGAAGCACGCACAUCCCGUCUCGUCGCCAACGCCAAUGACCAACGGCUUUGGGCAGGUAGCCACGACCCCGAAAGCGCUUGUCGGCAAAAGGAUCCGCCCGACCCAGACCCACAAGCGUAACAACAGCACCAGCGACUCUCUGCGAGAACAUGGCUCCGAAAAGUCGUCAUCGCACGACCACGACUUCUCGGCGCCGUGGCCAUCUGCCGGCAGCUUGGUACGGGGCGAUCUGCUUCCGCCUGGGCAACCCUUUGUCAACUAUGAGCCGCAUGCGCUCGAUGGUGGCCGCAAUAGGCAGACGACAAUCUUCCAGCCCAAUGGCCGCGCCCUGGCAAAGGAGAGAGCGGCUGGGAGCGCAAUGUCUGGUCGUGGCAUGAAUAAGCUUCUCGGAAGCGUCCGUCGUGCCUUGCGCCCCCGAGGCCAGGCCUUCUCCCCGUGGCACGCCCAGUUCAUGGGAAUAUCGCCCGUCGGACCCGGCUCAACCACCCGGCUACCUGGCACUGCAGUUGUUCCGCAGGACCUCCCUAGGCAGACUGGCGGCCGCCCCCCCGUUCGGAUCGACCUCCUUGGCGCCGCGGUCGCCGAGGACUUCAAGGUGGCCAUCCGCGAAGAGGAGGCUGCGGCGGAAGCAGAACGCCUGGGCUUGACGGUACCCCCCAACUCCGCGCCGCCUUUCGGAAGACACCCGGACUACUCGGCCGCCCACAUGGAAUCGAGCACCUUUGACAGCUUGCCGCAGAACCAAAAGCCAAGGGCGGUGAGCGACAUGGGUAUUACCAUCGGUAGCAAGUCCAUUGUCAUUGUGGACGAUACCCUUCCCCGCGCAGACCCAACCCCUCCUGACACGCCUCCGACCACAUCCACGACGGGAGACACACCGCGGCGAUCGUCAUACCUUGUCAAUCAAGACGUCGCUGGCCCGCCCACGGUGGAUGGCGCCCUGCUACCUUUUCUCCCGCACACGGCGACCGUGGACGACGAUCAGAGCGGACACAUCUCAGGGGACCUGGGGCAGCCCUCACUACCGGUGAGUCGUCGCAUGAGACGGCCUCCGAUGAGCGGAGGAACCUUUCGGAUGCACAGGGACAACCGAUCUGCCGGCACAAUUCAGUCGCUCGACUCUGUCAUUCAUAGCCGAUGCGUGUCGCUCAGUGGCAGUGCUGUACCAUCGUCGACAAUUCGCAGCUUUGAUGCAGCGGCCGAUGCACCUGCAUCUACUGCGGAUGAGGGGUUCGAUGUGCCUGAGCCCGCACCACUACGCGUCCUGCGGCGGCGACCUGGUGGCGACCUGAGAGCAGCUACAAAUAUCGGGGAUCUGGACCGAGAAUCGCUGAGGCGAUCGUUAUCUGUUGGUUCUCUGGCCACGUACACCGAGUCUGUCCAAAGCUCCUAUCUGCUCAACACUCGCCCAAACUCGGCCGGUCGCUCCGACUCCGUCCCGAGUCUCGCGCAGGACGGGCGUCGUCAAGCCUUCUCCGUCGGUCAGCUGGCCGAGAAAAGUGGCCCUGUCAAAGUUUCGCUUUUGAACACCCAUUCGUCCAAGCCUGCCAUGCGCCCCUCCUUUGAAAGGGAAGCGCAGUUUCUAGCUCAGAUACCGGAUGAUGAGGAUGACGGCGGCAUCGAGUCCGCUCUGCUGAAGCUUGAGGGUAAAUACGAAAAGAAGCAGUCCACGAUGCCCGUGGAUUUAACAAGCCCGGCGACAGUUGAGGAAGAUGGAACCGCAGAUUUCUACGAAGAUGGAGUUGAUGACCGCGACUCGGCGACUCGAAAGCGCGAGCGAAAGGAGAACCGCCAUGUACACGUUCUCGACGAAGCCAUUGCCACUAGAGAGAGUGUCGGGGGACAAUUGCCUCUACAGGAAUUGAGUGGCGAGUCGGAAGGGGAACAAGGGCCAGCCCCUGACAUGAAAUCGUUUCUCUCCGAGGGCUCCCACGACUCCUACUACUCCAUUCCGUUGCUGCAGAGAGAGCUCACAAACGACAGCCGGAGCAAGACGGCGACCUGGGAAUGGACAGACAGGUCAGUUUUGCGCGGCUCCGACGAGGAGGAUUCGCCGGUUGCAACCGACGGAAACCCCAGUGCAGCCGAAGGAGACGAAGCUCAUCACAUGUCCUUCGACCUGGUCCAAAAAACCGACAGCCUCGAGAGGAUCAAGCCCGGCGAGUCGGCGCCUUCGGAAGUCGAAAACCAGUCUUUCCUGGACGAUGGCACGGAUGAUACCGAUCUCUCUUCCGAGCUUUCUACCGACGGCGCUGGCACUUGUGCCGCCGAGGGAGGCGAUGUGCUGGUUUCCAAGCAUCGGCCUCCCGGUAACGGUUCAGCUCGUCAGUUGACGUUGAUCCAAGCCUUGGCGAUGACGCCCGGCACUGGUGAUGUUGCAUCGCAGGCGGCGGCUCGAAGCCCACUCCUUCCAACUCCUGAGAUGACCGGCCCCGACGACGCUCUUGCUGGAGUACCCAAGCCCAUUAUCAUGCCUCUGCGCAAAUACUCUGUGCACUUGCCCUUCAUACUGGCGUUUGACUCUGAUAUCCUGGCCCAACAACUCACGCUGAUUGAAAAGGACGCGCUCAACGACAUUGACUGGAAAGAGCUCAUCGACAUGAAAUGGAAGAAUGCCGCCAGGAGCGACUCUCGUUCAUGGGUCGAUUUCUUGCGUCACAGUGAUGCUCAGGGGGUCGAAGUUGUGAUUGCUCGAUUCAACAUCAUGGUCAAGUGGGCCAUCUCCGAGAUUGUCCUCACCCAGAAAAUCGAGGAGCGAGCCCGGUGCAUCAUCAAGCUCAUCCACAUUGCGUCGCACUGCCGCCGCUACCGAAACUUUGCAACCCUCGCGCAGCUGACGAUUGCCCUGUCGAGCAGCGAAGUGGCGCGCCUGGCCAAGACGUGGGAGCUGGUGCCCGCCCACGACAUCCAGACGCUCAGCGCACUGGAGAGUCUGAUUACGCCGACUCGCAACUUUCAUGCCGUUCGCGCCGAGAUGGAGAUGGGAUCGGACGCCGGGUGUAUCCCAUUUGUCGGCAUCUACACCCACGACCUGCUCUACAACGCCCAGCGGCCCUCGGAAAUCGCCAGCUCGCCCACCACGGCCCCGUUGAUUAACUUUGAGCGGUGCCGCAUCGGGGCUGCCGUUGCCAAGACUCUGCUCCGGCUCCUGGAGGCCAGCACGCGGUACACGUUUCUGCCCAUUGAGGGCAUCACCGAACGCUGUCUCUGGAUCGGCGCCCUGAGUGAUGAAGAAAUCAGGCGACGUGCCGACGGCCUGGAGUAG